GCUGCAGUCGGAGCCACACGCGCCCACCAGAGCGCACGCCUUACGUUAAUGCGAUUGCUUAUCCACCGCGUGAGUAAACAACGGCGACGCCAGCCGCCGAGUGCGGGACGCGACUGAGCUCCGGACGGCCGUUUGCACCGAGUUUUUUUUUUUCCUUUUUUUUUUCCUCCCGGUGCGGGACGCCGUCUCUCCUCGCAGCCUGUCGGAGGGGGAGAGAGAGAGAGAGGAAAAAACGCUGCGCAUUCCUCCACGCAGAGAGCCGAGCCGCGGAGCAGCCGACCCUCCGGCCGGCGGCGGCCUCUUCAUGAGGCGGCAUUCAUCCACCGCAUGACUCGUACGAGACUCGCCGUGGCUGGGUGUUGAUCCCCCCCACACACUCUGCCCCCCUUCCCCUCCCUCCCUCCCCCGCUCCCUCCCCCGGAGACCCUCGCCGCCGGAUCGCUGCUUUGAUGAAUAAUUUACGGUCCCUCGAUCCGAAGCUCGCGCUGCGACGACCCAACGACCCGCUGGCUGCGCCCGACGCCGCCUGCACGGACCCCGAUGGUGGACUAGAGGGGGGAACCACAACCACUUGAAUCACACAGAAGAGAUAUAUUUUUUUUUUGAAAAAGGAAGGGAGAAUCGAAGCAGAAGCCGUGCGGUGGUCGCCCGGUGCCGUUCCGUCGCGCUGAGCCGUGUAGUCAUGUUGCCGAGUCGGUGGGGGAGGAGAGCAGGAGCCCCCCGCACCUCGACCAGCCAGUGUCACUUCACUUUGGGAUUCAUGUUGUGAGUUCAACAAACCACCAUCGGGUAACUUUUUUUUUUAAAUGUAUAAAUAGAGAUAUCUCCCUUUAAACACUAAAAGCGUCGUUGUAAUUACUUGAUAAAUCUUCCCGAAACGCCUCACUCAGUUGACUCUAAACCUCACAAGUGUUUUUUUAUUACCUCAGAAACUCUUGUUUUCAAGAACUGUCUACCUCUUUGUUUUGCAUCAAGCUAGAACUGUAUAACACAGGUGAUUAGCACCGUUUUCACUGUUGACUUCAAAGAACUUAUGAAUCUACCUCAAACGCCUCAGUAUCUUCUGGAAAAGUCGACGGUCCCUCAAUGAAUACCUCAGCCUCAGAGCCACACGUGUUGUAAAAGUGAGCCUUGUUUCAGUCGCGGCCUCAGAUGGCUUCCUUUCCAGACUCGGACCUGCAGACGUGCCCGCUCUGCAAGGAGUUGUGCGGCUCCUCUGCUCCCAUCUCCUCCAGCUCCUCUACCUCAUCUUCAUCCUCGCAUACCUCGUCCUCCUCCAGCCAGACCACCAAGAGGCUCCACGUCCUGCCCUGCCUGCACGCCUUCUGCAGGCAGUGUUUGGAAGGCCAGCGGAGUCCCGGAGACCCGCUGAAGCUGCGGUGUCCCACCUGCGACCAGAAGGUCUCCAUCUCCGAGGCCGGGGUGGACUCCCUGCCAUCCUCCAACUUCCUCUUCAGCAAUCUGCUGGACGUGGUGGUGAGCUCGGAGGAGCAGAUCCAGAACAAGAAUGGCCACCACCCCCAUCGUGGAGGCCUGGGCGUAGGUUCCUCUGGCUUCCAUCACCCCCAUGGGGGUCUGUUGCACACGCACCAUCUCGGUGAGCCUCAGUGCAGCUCCUGCGAUGAGGAGAACCCGGCCACGUCCCACUGCCUCGACUGCCAGGAGUACCUCUGUGACAACUGUGUGCGGGCGCACCAGCGGGUGCGGCUGACCAAGGACCACUUCAUCGAGCGCCUGGGGGAGAACCUCCACCUCAGCCGGGCCAACGCCAACAGCAACUCGGGUCAGUCGGGCGUGUCCGUGUCCCUUGCCCAGUCCCUGCAGAACAACUUCGCCUUGCUGUCCCUCUUCCAAGAUCGCAUGAGCUUCUGCCAGCACCAUGAAAACGAGGUGUUCCUGUUCUUCUGUGAAACAUGCUCGGUGCCCAUCUGCCGGGAGUGCAGCGUGGGCCGCCACAUGGGCCACACCUUCGCCUACCUGCAGGACGCCGUGCAGGACUGCAGAGCCAUCACCAUCCAGCUCCUGGCAGACGCUCAGCAGGGCCGCCAGGCCGUGCAGCUGAGCAUGGAGAAGGUGCAGGCCAUGGCGGAGCAGGUGGAGAUCAAGGCCAAGGUGGUGCAGACGGAAGUGAAGGCCCUCGUCCUGAGACACAAGAAAGCACUGGAGGAGCGGGAGUGCGAGCUCCUGUGGAAGGUGGAGAAGAUCCGUCAGGUGAAAGCCAAGUCCCUGUACCUGCAGGUGGAGAAGCUGCACCAGAGUCUGACCAAGCUGGACAGCACCAUCGCCGCCGUCAGCCAGGUGCUGGACGAGGGCCACCACCUGGACGUGCUGCUGGCCCGGGAGCGCAUGCUCACCCAGAUCCACGAGCUGAAGGCCCUGCGGGGCCUGCUGCAGCCGCAGGAGGACGACCGCUUCAUGUUCACGCCUCCGGACCAGGCUCUGUACAUCGCCAUCCAGUCCAUGGGCUUGAUCAGCAGCGGUGCCUUCGCCCCCGUCACCAAAGCCCACGGCGAGGGCCUGAAGAGCGCGCUGCGCGGCAAGCCCGCCUCCUUCACCGUGAUCGGGUACGACCACGACGGCGAGCCGCGCCUCUCCGGCGGCGACACGGUGUCUACCGUCGUCAUGUCGGCGGCGGAGGGCACCCUGUCGGCGGCGGAGGUGACGGACCAUCAGAACGGCUCCUACACCGUCAGCUACCUGCCCAAGAGCGAGGGCGAGCACCUGGUGUCCGUGCUGGUGUGCAACCAGCACAUCCAGGGCAGCCCCUUCAAGGUGACGGUCAAGUCCGGGCGGAGCUACGGCUCGCUGGGCUCCCAGGUGUCGUCCUUCGGCUGCGAGGGGGAGGGGGACGGCCAGCUGUGCCGCCCCUGGGGCAUCAGCGUCGACAAGGAGGGAUACGUGGUGGUGGCUGAUCGCAGCAACAACCGCAUACAGAUCUUCAAGCCUUGCGGUGCCUUCCACCAUAAGUUUGGCUCUCUGGGUUCCCGGCCCGGUCAGUUUGAUCGUCCAGCAGGGGUCGCUUGCGACAGUCAGAGACGAAUCGUUGUGGCUGAUAAGGACAAUCACCGUGUGCAGGUGUUUACUUUUGAGGGCCAGUUCCUGCUGAAGUUUGGGGAAAAGGGUACCAAGAAUGGGCAGUUCAACUAUCCCUGGGAUGUGGCCGUCAACUCCGAGGGUAAGAUCCUGGUCUCCGACACCAGGAACCACCGCGUGCAGCUGUUCGCCCCCGACGGGUCUUUCCUCAACAAGUACGGCUUCGAGGGGGCCCUCUGGAAACACUUUGACUCUCCCAGAGGAGUGGCCUUUAACCACGAAGACCACCUGGUGGUGACCGACUUCAACAACCACCGGCUCCUGGUCAUCCGGCCCGACUGCCAGUCGGCGCGCUUCCUGGGCUCCGAGGGCAUCGGGAACGGGCAGUUCCUGCGGCCCCAGGGCGUCGCCGUGGACCAGGAGAACCGGAUCAUCGUGGCCGACUCCCGCAACCACCGGGUCCAGGUGUUCGAGCCCAACGGGAACUUCUUAUGCAAAUUUGGCACACAGGGGAGCGGCUUCGGGCAGAUGGACCGGCCCUCCGGCGUGGCCGUGACGCCCGACGGAGUCAUCGUGGUUGUUGACUUUGGAAAUAAUCGCAUUCUCAAAUUCUAAAGGAAAAAAGAAAAAAAAAAAUCUAUUUUUUACGUUCUCUCCCUCCGUUUGACCUUUCUCUUGCAGUUUUUUUUUGUUUUUUCUUCUUUUUGAUGAAGGAAAUGGAGGCGAGAGAAUGAAUCAGCAAAAAGGAGGAGAGCUCCGGGACGAUUGAGAGCACGGGACGAAGGGAAAUUAAAACUAUGUUUUCACUUUUUGCUUUUCUUAUUUCCAAGCCAGAUAUCUGGUACACAAACACACACACACACAUAUACACAAAAGGGGACCUCUACAAAUUGAUAAUCAGUAGAAAAAGAGCCAUAUUUCCCUUCCUUUGCCUCGGCUGCUCUGAAUCGUCCUCGCCGGCUCUCCUCAAGUCUACAUCUCAGGGAAUUUCUCACUUCUUGAAAAUCUUGUACCCUCUGCUCCACACCUACCUCAUUUAGCUCUUUAUGAAUGUACUCAUAGUCGCUGAGCAGAGGUUUUUAGUCCGUGAAGUUUUACAAAGAAGAAAAGUCUACCUCUAUGCUUUGUUAUUUAAGAGAGACAAAAAAAAGA